AUGUCAUACCCGCUAUGGAAUAUAUCCAACCUGACUGCCUUAUGCCUACUCGGAGACGCUUGGGUAAAGUCGGGAAAUGCUGCGCACGUUAGCCACAUGUUUGAGCUAUCACCAGGGCUUGAGUACCUGGAAAUCCCCCUCAAAUUUCAUAACCUCGCGAAAUGCAGGUUCCCCCGCCUCAAGAAGCUGAAAUUGUCGCUCCAAUCUGGCGCUACGUCUUCAAUUGACGAGUCACGUGCACGAUUCCUGGAGAACCAUCCAACGAUUGAGGAACUGACUUGGUUCCCGAGCGGCAUUCCCAACCUCGCUCCUGGUAGCUUGCCCAUCUUGAAGUGCCUCAGGACGAGCCUUCAGGUGGUCAUCGCGCUUGAUCAGCUUUCCCAAGAUCAUGUUAUACCGGUUGAGAAACUCGUUGAUCAGCUCGCUGAGUUCUUCCCCAACAUCACUUGGCUUUCCUUGCCUGCCGUUCACCUCCCUAAAGAUGCCAUCCAUCCAGCUAAUGUGAAACUUGAAGAAUGGUUCUCCAUUCUCUCUCUCUUCCCCAACCUCGAGGUAUUCCGCGGUCGGGGGCUAUGGACUGCCAUCGAUUCAAAGAAGGAAAAGAUGCCCACGGCUAUCAUGCAGCUUGUCCAACUCUGCCCAAAGCUGCGUGAGCUCGAUCACUGUGAUUUCUACGAGAAACACUUUGCGUGGAGGAGAAUUGCUAUUAUUAGGGAGGGCGAAUUUGGUGAGAGGGUGAGGUAUGAAGGGAGGAAGCCGCUGGCAAAGGGCGUCUUCGAUGUCACCAAUGGGGCUUUUGAUUAA